UUUCCCAGCCUUAUUUGGUCACAGGAAGUGGGCGGGGACCGGCCUGCUCCGGGGAGGGCGAGAUCAUAAGACAGUAGUGCUGAUGAAGUGGAAGAGCUGGUUCCCGUUCGCCGCGGUGCCUGUGUGCGCGGCUGGAGGGUGUCCCUGGGCCGCGCCGUGGAAGGCUGGGUUGUGCAAUCCUCUCGGAGCGCCGGAGCACAAGUCCUCCUCUGCUGUUGCAUGCUCCCCCCGCCUCUCUCUUUUUUUUUCAAGCUGUGAGCUCAACCGAUGAGUCAGAGCCAUGCAAUCCUGACACUGCAUCGCAGGGCUGGGGGUGACACGGAGGGAGAGCGCCAGGGAGCAAGCACCGAAGCAGGGACCCGGAGCAGGACUCAGCCCUUGCAGGGGAGCUGCAAGCAAACUUCUGCCUCCCUCCCAGGCCCGGGGACGGAGGGCCCUUCCUCCAGGAAGGAGGGGGCGGGUGGGCUAGCCGGCGUCGGUUUGUUUUUAAAUUUGGGGAGGUGCGUGCAAGCCGCUGGAGGUUCCCCGGGAGAUCGCCCUCGGCUCGCCGCCGCCGCCGCAGGAGAGGACGCCGACGCCGGAGCCCGCCGGGCAGGCGCUGGGCACUGAAAAUUCUGGCACCAUGAAUUGGGGGAGGAUAAAAGAGAUGAUACACGGGGUUUGAGAGACCCUUUAGAAGAACCAGAAGGAAUCUUAAGUGACUGACCAAGCCUUCCCUUUUCCUGUUCCCCACUUUUCUUCCUUUGUUGACUGGAAAUUAGCCUUCGGAACCACUGGGCGGGGAGGGGGGAUGCCCAUGCUCCAAGGGGCUUUUCCCUGGGGGAUGGGCAGCUGGUGAGUGGGUAUCUCUUGGCCCCGGCAUUGCAAACCACACCAUGAACCUCCAGGCCCAACCCAAGGCCCAGAACAAAAGGAAACGGGUUCCGUUUUUCAGUGACCCAGAAACGGCAACAAAGGAACAGCAGCCGCUCAAGGAGGGGCAGUAUUAUGGUCACGGAGGAACAGUUAGCAGCGUCCCUAGCUCCCAGCCCACGGACCUGCCCCCUCACAAUCCCCUGCCGCUACUGAACUCAGUAGUUUACAGAACGGAGCGGGGCAACCCUUCCAUGCUCUCUCAACCAGUGGCAGCUGUGAAGUGGUCAAACUCAGUGAUGGGCCGGGUGUCCGAACGGGCUGGAGAGGCGGGCUGGCAGCAGCAGUCCCAGCCCUCCCCCCACCCAUUGUGGAACCAUGCGAUCACGAUGUACGGUGGCCAGAAAGGGGCCCCUCACCCCGGGGUCGGGGUUUCAGGGUUUUACGGCCACCCCGAGGCCUUGAAGCGCAGCCAGGAGAAAGGGAUCCUGCCACUGGAUCCCUACAAUGAUGCCAUACAGCAGAUGAUGUCCCAGAAGGCACAGCUGGAGCUCGGGAGGCCCCAGGGCCCAGUGAACUCCUUCCACACACCCAAGAAACCCCCCGGCCAGCUGCCCCUGCAGCCUUUCCAGUUGGCAUUUGGGAACCAGGUGAACCGUCACGUUUUCCGACAGGCCCCACCCGGCGCCAACCCGAGCGCCUUUCCCCCGCCACAGAAGCAGCAGGCCCUCCCCCAGAUGCAGCUUUUUGAGAAUUUCUAUCCCGGCCAGCAGCAGCCUCCUCCCCACUCCCAGCAGCCCCAGGACUUCGGCCUCCAGCCAGCCGGCCCCAUGGGCCAGGCUCACCUUGGAGCCCAUCACGGUAUGGUACCCUGCCCCUUCCCCCCCAAUCCCGAGAUGAACCCAGAGCUCCUGAAGGCCCUCAUGCAGGACCAGCCUACGCAACCCGUGCUACCUCAGGCCCAGAUCUCCUUUCCACGGCGCUCCCGACGACUCUCCAAGGAAGGGAUCCUCCCGCCCCCGUCAUCCACCGCUGCCCUGGAUGGUCCUGCUCCCCCGUCCCGGGAAGAGAUGUCCAGCAACCUGUUCUUGCACCACUGGUCACAGCAGCAGCAGCAGCAGCACCUGCCUCAGGGUAACGUGGGGCAGCCCCACCCCGACUCUCUGGGCCACGACAAGGGCGCUCCCCUGCUGGCCCAGUCAGAGCAGGCCCUUGGCGGUCAGCAGCACGUGCCGGAGGGGGAGCGGCUGGCCCAGAACGGGCGGGAGCGGGAGGCCCCCGAAGGCAGCGACACUUGGGCAGCCAACGACUUUGGGUUGGUUCGAGGAGGGGUGAUUCAAAGCACGCGGCGGCGGCGGCGGGCUUCCCAGGAGGCCAAUCUGCUGACUUUGGCUCAGAAAGCUGUGGAACUGGCCUCGCUCCAGAACUCGAUGGAGGGAGAAGGCCUCGAGGAGAGGCGGAAGACAGUGGUAGCAUCUGCAGCCAAGAGUGUGGUGGAGUUCGCUGGGCCCUCACCCCCCUCCAAACGAGCCCGAGAAGAGAUGGUCCCUCUUAUCAUCCCCGUGUCAGUCCCUGUGUGCAGGGUAGAUUUGCCAGAGGUAGCCCAGCUGGGAUAUUCAGAUGAAGAAGGGAAAGUCCCUUUGGCCUCAGCACCUGAUCGGAGUCCCACAGAACACAAGCCCUCAGUCAUUGUCACACGAAGGAGAUCCAACCGGAAUCCCACGGCCGAUGCGCCAGCCCAGGCUGAAGACGCGGACGCCAAGGGGGACGCCGAGGGCUCGGUGCGGAAGCCGAAGCAGAGGCCUCGCCCGGAGCCCCUCAUCAUCCCCACCAAGGCAGGCACUUUCAUCGCCCCUCCGGCCUACUCCGCCAUCACCCCCUAUCAGAGUCACCUGCGCUCGCCGGUGCGCCUGACUGAGCACCCGCCUGACAGAAACUUUGAGCCGCCCCCCUACACGCCCCCGCCCAUCCUCAGCCCCGUGCGGGAAGGCUCUGGCCUCUACUUCAACGCCAUCAUGUCGGCCACGGGCCUCGUCGCCCCUCCCCCCAUCACGCCGAAGAGCGCCCACCGCACCCUGCUGCGCUCCAACAGUGCUGAAGUCACUCCACCUGUUCUUUCUGUGAUGGGGGAAGUUACACCUGUCAGCAUUGAGCCAAGGCACAGGCCACCACUGACAACAGAAGACAAGUUUUCCCCUAGCGACCAUUUGACCCAUAGUCGAAUCAAUGUGGGGACUAGGUUCCAAGCCGAAAUCCCCCCAAUCCGGGAUAGGGCCCUGGCAGCUGUAGAUGAACAUAAAGCAGACCUGGUCUGGCAGCCGUGGGGAGACCUGGAUGCUAGCAGGGAGACGCAAGGGCAAGUGGAAGACCUUCUGACUGCUGCCUGCUCUAGUAUCUUUCCUGGGGCUGGAACCAACCAGGAGCUAGCCUUGCAUUGCCUGCAUGAAGCCAAGGGCGACAUCUUGGCAACACUGACCAAAUUGCUGCUCAAGAAGCCACUUCGACCUCCCGAUCACCCACUGGCAAAUUACCACUAUACAGGGUCUGACCAGUGGAAAGUAGCUGAAAAAAAACUAUUCAAUAAGGGCAUUGCCAUCUACAAGAAAGAUUUCUUCCUAGUGCAGAAGUUGAUUCAGACCAAAACAGUGGCCCAGUGUGUGGAGUUCUACUAUACCUACAAGAAGCAGGUGAAAAUUGGGCGAAACGGGACCCUAACCUUCGGGGAUAUUGAUACCACAGAUGAGAAGCUGGGUCAAGAGGAAGUAGAAGUGGACAUUAAGAGUUCCCAGAGGUUGACAAAGGCCCAGCCUCCCAGAAGGGAGGCCCCACCUGAAGAAUGUACAGUAGCCAAGAAGGAGGUCAAGAAGGAGGAUGGGGAGGAAGAAAGGAAGCAGGAAGAGCAAGAAGAGGUGCGAGAGAGGAGCCGGAGGGCAGCUGCUGUCAAAGCUGCCCAGACGAUACAAGCCAAUGAGGCGAUCAAUGAUGUCCUCAUCCUCAGAAGCCACGAGUCCAGUGCUCCUGGGGUGGCCAGCAGCCGAGCCGUAGAGAAGCCCAAGGAGAGCUCUGGGAAGUCUCGAAGAGCUGGACCCAUCCCCGAGAAGAAGACUCCAGAGACCUUAAAUAAAAACCAGAACCAGGACAGCACGUUCCCUUGUAAAAAAUGUGGCAGGGUCUUCUUCAAGGUAAAAAGCCGCAGCGCCCACAUGAAAAGCCACGCGGAACAGGAGAAGAAGGCGGCAGCGCUCAAGCAGAAGGAGAAGGAAGCCGCGGCUGCGGCGGCCGCAGCAGCUGCCGCCGCCACCCGCCUCCAGGCCCGACGGGACAACAGCAGCAGUAGCAAUGGUGGUGGUGGUGGCGGCGGCGGCGGCAGCAGCAGCGGCGGGAGCUCAGAUGAAGAUGGCGAAAUGUAGUGAACAGCAGGGGCCGGGGACUCGGCUGGGAAAGCAGUGAGGCUGGUUCUCCCUCACGCUCCCUGUCCGCUCCCUCUCCUGCCUUGUGGCUGCAGCUGCCUGGCUCCAUGGACACUCAGCGGGGAGUCAGAAGGAAAUUGUGAAGACUGAAAAAAAUAUAACAAAAGACAAGCUUUUAUUUAAUUUAUAAAGGCCCUGGGAACAGUGUUACCUGGGGCAGGACCCAGUUCUCCCUCUACUGAACCUUGUCCCUGUGCUUUUUCAGAAUGGUAGGACUCCUCCUCUCAUGCUAUUUGGAGACUUCCAGCCUAGAGUCACCCAUCUGCCCCCACCAAGCCUCACGGCCAUUAUCGGUUGCUGCUGCUACUUCUGCUGCUUUUUGGACACCAAACUUGCUGCACAAUUUCCCCCUUUUUUUCUUGACCUUCCAUUCCUCCCCUCUGAGUCACUUGGAAGAUAUUUUAGGAGAUAGAAAGCUUAGCUCAAGUUUGCAAGAUUUCACCCUGUUCUGGACACAGCCUACUGAGCGCCAACAGAAAUCGAGCAACUCCGCCAGCAAGAUGCGCUCACUUGUCUCUCCUCCCUGGCUCAGGUGGGUGAGAGGGGGCGGCCCCCUUCUGGGAGAGGAGUAUUGGGUCUGCUCCUUGAACCUGCCACCUGGAACUGGCCCAGGCGAGCCUCCAGCUAGGGCCAGGAAGGAGCAGGCAAGCACACUGACACCCAAACCAAAGCUACUCUUUCCCAGCGUCUCUUCUUCCCCUGGAGGAGGCUGCUGGGUAUGCAUUGUGUGCCUGGGCAGCUGUGGACAGAGUGAAGAAGUGGCAGGGAUCCAGCUUUUUUUUCCCCCUGCUAUCCUUUUCAGGAUCUUAGCUUUCCUGUUUCCUGGCAACCCUGCCUAGAGCUGAGAUGAAUUUCUCAAACCUUUGGAGAUCCAAGCCAAAAUUAAUGGCAUCUGUCUUUGCUAAUAGAUCUUCCUGGGGAAAGGGAACUAGAAGGCUGUCUUUGCCAGAGAGAAAGGACUGAUGAGAAAGAAGGCUGCCUGUGGAGGGGAAGGUAGCCAAAAUUUUGCUAAAUUGGACUCAUCCUUAUCUCUCACCCCCUUGCCAGAUGCCUUCCGGUCCUUAGCUACUGUGAAAGAGGACACCUAAGAAGAGACUAGCUACAAGUCAUUCAGGGCCUCUUCCUUGAGAUUAAAUUUAUUAAUCCUAGGAAGAUGCCCGAGUUGACAGCCUUCAGCUUUCCUGGUGGUGGUCCCCUACAGUUCUAAGGUCAGAACCAAUCCACGUCCACCUCCUUGAUUGCCAAAACAGACCCCCAGAUUUCUUCAGAUUUUGCGAUCCUUUCCUGUCGGAGUCACUGAAUUAGAUAGGAAAGGAUUAUGAUUUGGGAGUUAUUUAUUUUUCAUAUUUAAUUUUUCAUAUCCUCUCAGGGAGAGGGGCCUCUUGCUUUCCAGAGGCCCAAUUCGUUUAUCCAAAAGUAAGAUACCUACCUGUCCUCAGAGGGAAAUAAUAACAUGUACCUGUGGUGUUGGACCUUUUCUGUCAGUCACUGUGGGAACUACCCCUCACAGCAGAGGAAGUGAGGUUUCCCCAAACCCAUCACAGGAUACUUGCUCAAAGCAACAGAGCCCAAAUCAGAAAAUACUUCAGUGUUUGGAAAAGGAUUUUCUUUUAAAGAAACUGAAACCAGUCCUGCUUGCUCAGCUUUAGAUAGGUUCUCCACUUUCAGAUAGGUUCAGAGUAAUGGUGGUGGAAAGUCCAUUCAAUUCUGGGCUGAGUGUGGAUUUCAUUCAGGUAGACCCUUGGGGGGAAAAAACCAACCCCAAAAACUAUUGUUAAUAGGAUACAGGUUUACUGAAAGUAGUGGAAUGAAAACUUAGAACAAGACUGAUUUCUGCUCACAUACUUAACCUAUAACUUUAUAAAUUAGGUCUAUAGGAAGUAGCAUUCCCAGUGAGGGCAUCUAGGUAACUAGGUGCAUCAGGCUAGUGAUUUGGGGAAGGGGAUUGCUUAUAAACUAUGUGCUAUCAGGUAUUCUUCAGUGUCAUUUAUACAUUAAUAUGGGUCUCUGGGGCCUCCACAGAGGGAAUAAUCGAAUUCUUCUGCCUUGCCUCCUAGAGAAUGAACUAGAUUUCCUAACUCCUCGCCCACAGAUCUGUUUUGCUCCAUACGAUUGUACAAAUUCAAUGUCCUAUGAUUUGUAUAAAAUCUUGUAUAUGAUCCAGAAGCAGGAAGUUAAGCUCAAUAUGAGUGCCUUCUCAGCUCAGCCCUGAAGUGCUACUUAUAUGUCCCAAGAUUUUUCUAUUUAAAAAUUCCUUUAAUUUCAGUCCUUGUUUAGAUACACAACAGCUGCUCUUGUAACAGAAACCUUCAGCCAGAUGAGACCCUUCCAUUCACUCAAAACAUGGUAGAUAGAACUCACUCUCUUGGAAUUCUUGGAACAGUGAUUCUCUUCCCCCUGCCCCCAGCUAGUAAGGACCUUCCCAGGUAGGGGUAGGAAAGGGAGCCAAAACAGGAUCUCUUAAUUUGGGAAGAGAAAGUUAUCUACAGUAAAAUGUGAAAAAAAAAAUGUAUCUUUAAAGACUUAAAGGCAAUCAUGGCUAAUAAAAUGCAUAUAAAACAAUUUGUAAACAAAGCUAAAUAUAUUCUUCAAUGGUGCUGUUCUCGAUCUGUGAUAGGUUCAAUCACAAUUUUUUUUUCUUUUACUUGCUUAGCCUAAUCAGAAAUCCCAUUGCUUUGGGAAGUUGGAUAAUCAGCAUCUCCAGCUUUAAGGAUUUCUGCCUCCUCUCCCAUUCCUAUCAUUCUAUGUCCAUUGUAAUAGCCACCGUCACCACCCACUUAAAUAAGGGCAUGAAACUCUGAUAUCAGAGUCUAGAUGGGAUAGGGGAACCUAUUGCCUCAAGGCCCUUUGUUAAUAGUGCCAUAGGACCUGGGAUGUGAUUUCGGUUAACAGAUAGUGUGGCUACUUGCUUUGCUCCCUUUUGAUAUUUCAUUGGGCUGACUUUUGUCCUUUGAAAGAAAAGGGAUUCCCCACCUCCGAUCUGGAUUGUAAAUUUGGUCUUGUUACUAUACGUUAAGGGAGCAGUGUAGGGCCAUUUUAUUUAAUUUUUUUUUUUUUUUUUUUUUUUUUUUUUUACUGCCUUUAAUCUCCAUCCAUGAUUAAAAUACAUUCCCUCCUCUUCUGCCAUCCACAUACCUCCCACUGUACCAAAUGGAGUUUAACCAGUGGUAUAGGGGCUUUUUUAAAUGCUGCUUGGGUCAAAAGGGAUUGUCUGCAUUCAACUGCCUCUGUGAAGCCGCUUCUCAUCCUUACACCACAUGCUAGACUGAAAGGAGAACACGAUGCAUAUUCAAGCCUCAGCUGUUCCAGUGUUCUCUCUGGGGCGUGCUUCUGGGAUGGUGUUUCACCAGCCUGGACGGCCUGACUCUUUAGGUUUACAGAGAAUAUGCAUGUUUCUAGAAAACAUUUCUAUAUUUAAAACCAGAUAUUCUUCCUUCCCAUUCUGUUGUGUUGAUAUUGCUAACAACAAUUUGCAGCUGUUUCAACCAUUACUUGUUUAAAUCUCUAAGUUGGAGGUCUUUUGGCAGGGGACAGAGCACAGGAACAGUCUGUAAUUAUUGUAUAAAUGCUUUCAUAGCAUAUAAAUAAGUAUAUUACUUUUAUUUUGAAAAAUGAUCAGACACUGCCUUUUGUGUGUUUGCUGCCUGUGGCAACCUUUUUAAAGACUGUUACAUAUUAAAAUAGUGUACAUAUAUAUUAUAUUAUAUAUAUUAUUUACCUCUUUUGCUGUACAGUUGUGAUAGACCAGACUGAAGAUUUUAUUUUUUGUGUGCUUUUUAUAAAAAAAAAAUUAAUACACUAAAGAAAAUCUUGCUGAUGUGAUUGUAAUGUACCCAUGUAACUUAUUUACUUUUGAAUGUCUUUCCAUAUCUCUAAACCUUUUAUUAAAUAAGGUUUUAAAAAUU